AUGGUGCUGCGGAUGCUGUGUGUGUGUGCGUGUCUGGCUGUGACACGGGCCCGGAUCUGGGCCUGGAUGCUGGCCAUGCCCUACAGCCCCCCGGAGGACGGACCCCUGAAGGACCUGAAGGACCAAGACACCCUGUCGCUCAUCCACAGAGCAGACGCCGUGGCGUGCGAUCAUGACCGUGUGUGUGGUAAAGGCUUUGUGUGCGACCGCCAUUUUGGCCGCUGCGUCCCACAGAGGCAGGAGGGCCAGUACUGCAGGAGGGAUGCCCAGUGUGUACGCGGCCUGCACUGCAUGUUCGGCAAGUGCCUCCGCAGCAUCCCCAGAGGAGAGGAGGGUGCCAGGUGUAAGGUGAACCGGGACUGCGAUGCGUCCAUGUGCUGUGCCCGCCACCACGGUGAACAGGUGUGCAAGCGGCGGCUGGCGCUGGGCGAGGGCUGCUUCGUGCCCGAUGGAGGCCUGGCGUUCAGCAUCAACCAGGUGUGCCCCUGUGAUGAGGGCCUGCUGUGCCAGGGAGCUGCGGGGGACAAGCCGUGGAGAGAGAGAGAAUUUGUGUACAGUACUGAACAGGCUACGUGGACCUGUCAAGCUUUAAAGCCAUGAUGACCAUACGAUGAGGCCAACAAGAAAAAUGCAGCCUUUUUAAGAAGAAUCAAGCUGGUGUACAGAUUAUUUGUGUAUAUUGUAAAUAAUAAUUAACAAAGAUUUAUCAUUGUAUGUUCUCUAGGGGAAAAUGUAUAUAAUGUAGCUCCUUUCCUUUCUUGUGUCCUUGGCAAAAAGAUGCACUAUUUUUCCUG